GUGAUCAUCAACGUCGUCUUUUGCCCGAUGGAGCUACAGCUGGGCCUCUCUCUCCCCACCGCCGUCACGGCGGCGCCUUUCGACUUGAACGGCGGCGCGGAGCUCCAACGGAAGCAUUACUAUGAUAACAAUAACAACGCAAAUAAGCGUGGCUUUGAUCUGGCUUUCCCCUGCACCACUACUACUACAUGUAAGACCGAAUCAUGUGACGUCGACGACGCCAGCGACAUUAGGUCGUCGCCGGAAACGAUAACACUGCCUCUGUUUGUGUGGAGUGCCAACGGCGGCCGGGAGGAGAACAACUUAUCUCAUCACGGAUACAUUGUAGAAAGAUGUACAACAUCUACUAAAAAUCGUGACCGAAUUUGUCGGUGUGACCGAUCGAAAUGUGGCAGGAACGAGGAGAAGGAGGAUGACGACGACGACGAGCUGCAAAUCGUAGGAUGGCCACCGAUCAGACCGUGGGGGAGGAACAAGUUCGAGGAGAGCAACGCGAUUGGUCGGAAUAUCUAUGAGAAUACAAUCGGUUGUGGAUUAGAAGAGGCUAAUAAUAAUUAUGAUGGUCGCGAUAAUAAUAAUAAUAUUACUAGAUCGAUAAUGUCGAUUAACGGCUCCAGAUCCAGUAGGUUUGUGAAGGUGAAGAUGGAAGGCGUAGGCAUCAUACGGAAGAUCAAUCUCAGCAUCUACCAUUCCUACCCUGCCCUCAUCCGCUCCUUGCUGAUCCUCUUCUCCAAACAUUGCCAAAACAGUAGUAGCGAUGAUGACGAAGAUAGCGGGAAAAAAUAUACGCUGAUGUAUCAAAACAAGGCUGGAGACUGGCUAACAGCUGGAGACGUUCCAUGGCAGAAAUUUAUUCGAUCUGUGCAGCGUAUUGAGAUACUCAUGAGAUGAUGGAAUGAGGGUUGUGGAAAUUUAAAGCAAUGUAGCAGCUCGAUGAAGAAAAUGAUCGAUGAUGCGAGGCAGAUAUAUAUUUGUUCGUUAGUACGUGACGGAGCUACGCGAAACAAUUAAUAGUUGUUGUAGGUUAUGUUUCGAUUUAUAUUACUACCAGAUCUACAUUUAUCAAUUACUCUAAUUCGUCUUCGUUAAUGUUACAUUUAUGCGUCAAAGCUUUUUCCGUACUAGUAUUAAUUUUCCUUGUAUUAGUAAUUGGCGUAUCUAGGG